GUGGGACCGAGUCCCGGCUAGCCAGCGGCGCGCCGGCGAAGGAGGGGACCGGCCGAAGACCACCGCCGCGCCUGGGCCUUGCCAGCCACCUCCCUACCCCGACGCCUCCGGGGACGCCCGGGCCGGUAUGCCGCGGCACUGAAGCCGUCCGGGAAGCCGACCUCGGCCCAGGACCAAGAGGGGCGAAGCCGAAGAACCCCCAAGGCGCCCAGAGGGAGAGGAGGAAGAGGAGGAGGAGGAGGAAGAGGAGGAGGAGGAGGAGGCGACGGCCGCGGGCGGCGCAGCGGAGCGGCUGGGCGGCGCAGCCAUCCCCCUGUCCGGCCGCGGCGAUGAUGGUGCAUUGCGCCGGGUGCGAGCGGCCCAUCCUGGACCGCUUCUUGCUCAACGUCCUGGAUCGGGCCUGGCACAUCAAAUGCGUGCAAUGUUGCGAGUGCAAAUGUAACCUCACCGAGAAAUGCUUCUCGCGGGAAGGCAAGCUCUACUGCAAGAACGAUUUUUUCAGGAAGUUUGGGACGAAGUGCGCCGGCUGCGCGCAGGGCAUCUCCCCCUCCGACCUGGUCCGGAAAGCGCGGAGCAAAGUUUUCCAUCUGAACUGUUUCACCUGUAUGGUAUGCAAUAAGCAGCUCUCCACAGGUGAGGAACUGUACAUCAUCGACGAGAACAAAUUUGUGUGCAAGGAGGACUACCUGAGCUCCACCAGUUUGAAAGAAGGCAGCCUGAACUCAGUUUCUUCCUGUACCGAUCGAAGUUUAUCUCCGGACCUUCAGGACCCCAUGCAGGACGAUACAAAGGAAACAGACAAUUCCACUUCCUCGGAUAAAGAAACCACCAAUAACGAAAAUGAGGAGCAGAACUCUGGAACCAAAAGAAGGGGACCUCGGACCACUAUCAAAGCCAAGCAGCUGGAGACCCUCAAGGCGGCUUUUGCAGCCACCCCUAAACCCACCCGACAUAUUCGGGAGCAGCUAGCUCAAGAGACGGGGCUCAACAUGAGAGUCAUCCAGGUUUGGUUCCAGAACCGACGCUCCAAAGAGCGAAGGAUGAAGCAACUGAGCGCCCUGGGAGCCCGAAGACAUGCGUUUUUCCGGAGUCCUCGGCGCAUGCGCCCUCUGGGAGGCCGGCUGGAUGAAUCCGAGAUGCUGGGUACCGCUCCUUACAGUUACUAUGGAGAUUACCAAGGCGAUUACUACGGGCCCGGGAGCAACUACGACUUUUUCUCGCACGGCCCCCCCUCGCAGGCGCAGUCGCCGGCCGACUCCAGCUACAUCCCGACCUCGGGGCCCGGUUCCACCCCGCUGGGCCCACUGGACGCCCCCUUGGCCGGACACCACACCUCGGAGAACCAAAGGUACACGGAUAUGAUCUCUCACUCCGACACGCCCAGCCCGGAGCCGGGGCUGCCGGGCUCGCUACAUCCCAUCCCUGGCGAGGUCUUCAGCGGGGGUCCCAGCCCCCCUUUCCCGAUGUCGGGGUACAGCGGGCCCCUCUCGCAUUCCAACCAGGAGCUGAACGAAGCGGCCGUCUGGUAGAGCGCCCGGGAAGAGGGGGGGACGCCGCGCUCCAGACCUCUCCUCCAAGCCCCCCAACUUGGACCGAGCCCCUCUUCCCACCCGGAGGGGCGGGGGGGGGCUUUCCUCGGAGCCGCUCCAGGACCGCUGCCUUGGCCCCCCGAGUGGGCCCCGUGGAGACGCUCGGAAGCCGUCUGGGUAGGGGGCGUCGAGGGGGCCGCCAGCUGCCAACCUCCGAGUUCCGCAACUCUUUUGGACCAAAGUUGGAUUCACUCCUG